AUGCCAGUCUCUCAAGAGUCAAUGAAAGAAAAGUUGGUACAAGCCUUCCCAGGUGCGAUCAAGACCGAAGUCUUUGAUAUUUCCGGAGGAUGUGGGCAGUCUUAUGAGGUCCGUACAAGAACCAAAGUUCGAGACAUAAGAGUGAUUGUAAGUUUAACGUUGCAGAAUGGUCCUUCACAGGUCUUGAUUGUAUCUGAUGAGUUCAGCGGUAAAAACUUGUUGACAAAACAUCGACUGGUAAACGAACGACUCAAGGAGGAAAUUGCCGAGCUUCACGCAUUCACUCAGAAAACCUACACUCCCGAGCAAUUUGCGAAGCUUAACAUCACUCAGCCCUAG